AAUGUUUUCCGACAGUAAAGUUGCCGGGCAGGAGAUUAAUGGGCUCGGGGCUUCGGAAGUGAAGCUGGAAAUUGUCCUGCCGUCUCGCAGACUGCCGCCGACAUGCAUCUCUACAACCUGACGCUGCAGCGAGCGUCAGGCAUCACACACGCCGUCCAUGGCAACUUCUCCGGCACGCGCUCCCAGGAGUUGGUGGUGUCUCGGGGGCGCUCGCUCGAACUGCUCAGACCCGACCCUAACACUGGCAAGGUUCACACCAUCCUGACGACUGAUAUAUUUGGAGUGAUCCGCUCGUUGAUGUCCUUCAGGUUAACCGGCGGAAAUAAAGAUUAUGUUGUUGUUGGGUCCGACUCUGGUCGCAUCACCAUCUUGGAGUACAACCAGGCCAAGAACCAGUUUGAGAGAAUCCAUAUGGAGACCUUCGGGAAGAGUGGAUGUCGACGGAUUGUCCCUGGGCAGUAUCUGGCCAUCGACCCCAAGGGCAGGGCUGUUAUGAUCGGUGCCGUUGAGAAACAGAAGCUGGUGUACAUCCUGAACAGAGACGCCGCAGCAAGACUCACCAUUUCAUCACCGUUAGAGGCUCAUAAAAGCAACACUCUUGUGUAUCACACUGUUGGAGUCGAUGUUGGCUUUGAAAACCCCUUAUUUGCUUGCUUAGAGAUUGACUAUGAGGAAGCUGACACGGAUCCUACAGGAGAGGCCGUACACAGGACGCAGCAGACUCUCACCUUCUAUGAACUGGAUCUCGGACUCAAUCAUGUUGUCAGGAAAUAUCACGAACCUCUGGAGGAACACGCAAACUUUCUCAUCUCUGUUCCAGGUGGUAAUGAUGGGCCAUCUGGCGUGUUAGUGUGCUCAGAGAACUACAUAACCUACAAGAACUUGGGCGACCAGCCAGAUAUCCGUUGUCCCAUACCUCGCAGAAGGAAUGAUCUUGAUGACCCGGAGCGAGGAAUGAUCUUCAUCUGCGCCGCCACCCACAAAACUCGCUCCAUGUUCUUUUUCCUCGCCCAGACAGAGCAGGGUGACAUCUUCAAGAUUACUCUAGAAAGGGAAAGGGAGGUUGUGACGGAGAUCAAGCUGAAAUUUUUCGACACCGUUCCGCCGGCGACGGCCAUGUGUGUUCUCAAGACUGGCUUCCUCUUUGUUGCCUCGGAGUUUGGUAACAUUAUCUUUAAACAGAUUGCUCACCUCGGUGACGACGACGAUGAACCGGAGUUCAGCUCAGCCAUGCCCCUGGAGGAAGGCGAUACCUUCUUCUACGCUCCCAGGCAGCUACAGAACCUGGUGUUGGUCGAUGAACUCGACUCGCUCUCCCCCAUCAUGGCUUGUCAGAUUGCUGAUUUGGCCAAUGAGGACACACCACAGUUGUACACAGUGUGUGGCCGAGGUCCACGGUCGUCGCUGCGAGUGCUGCGCCACGGCUUGGAGGUCAGCGAGAUGGCAGUGUCAGAGCUGCCUGGCAACCCCACUGCCGUCUGGACUGUCAGGAAACGUAGCGAAGAUCAGUACGAUUCGUACAUCAUCGUGUCCUUCGUGAACGCCACGCUGGUGCUGAGCAUCGGUGAAACGGUAGAGGAAGUGACGGACUCUGGCUUCCUGGGCACCACCCCAACCCUGGCUUGUUCCCAGCUUGGUGACGACGCACUGGUGCAGGUCUACCCAGAUGGCAUCCGCCACAUCCGUGCAGAUCGGCGCGUCAACGAGUGGAAAGCUCCAGGAAAGAAGACGAUUGUCAGAUGCGCCCUCAACCAGCGCCAGGUCAUCAUUGCUUUGACUGGAGGAGAGAUCGUCUACUUCGAGAUGGAUCCGGUGAGUGUUAAUGCAUUUGUGACGGAACAUGGGUGGUUUUUUUUUUCAACACCGGCCAGGUGUGACCAGGAGGCCUGGUCACAGACCGGGCCGCGGGGGCGUUGACCCCCGGAACUCUCUCCAGGUAAA